CCCUUCAUCAACUCAAAGGAAGACCAAAACACCCUCGGCGCCUGCCCCGCCUCCCCGUCCCACAUCAACUUCGCCAAGGCCAUCAUCGCCAGCUCAUCCCUCCACUCACUCCUCAAACACGCCAAGAUUUGUAUCCUGGAUGGGUUUUUAUUGUAUUCACAGGCCGAGGAGUUCAAGCCUAUCCUUGAGCUAAUUGACAUCAAGCUUUUUUUACUGGCGUCAGAGGAGAAGGCGGUGGCGAGGAGGAAGGCGAGGGAUGGAUAUGUCACCCUCGAAGGGUUCUGGAAGGAUCCGGAGGGUUAUGUGGAGGAGGUUGUGUGGCCUAAUUAUGUGGAGCAGCAUGGGUAUUUGUUCGUGGACGGGGAUGUAAAAAGGGGGAGGUUAGACAGAAAGGUGUUGGAGAGGGAGGGGAUAUUGGCUAUGGGGGGUGGGGAUGAGGAUGGGCAUGGGCAUGAACUGACAGAAGAGGUUAACGUCAAUGACGUAAACCUCAUAGAAAGAUAA